AUGUACUCCAAGUUAACUUAUUUUCUGUGUUUCUAUCAGGUCGUAGUAUUCCUGUGCGCGGCGAGCCUGGCGUCCGCCGGCCACCUGCUGCAAGCCGCCGCGCCCGUGGCGUACAGCGUGCCCGUAGCGUACAGCUCAGCGCCCGCCGUCUCCUCCGUGUCGUUCUCCUCGCACACCGCGCACGCUCCCGUCGCCACCUACUCCGCGGCGCCUGCUGUCGCCACCUACCACGCGGCCCCCGCUGUCGCUGCCUACUCCGCCCCAGUAUACGCCAAGUCCAUCGCUCCCGCCGUGUCCUACUCCUCCGUGUCCACUCACUCCGCCCCGGUGUCUUACGCUAGGACCUACGCUGCCCCCGCAGUCAGCACCUACGCCGCCGCCCCUGUGAUCACCAAGACCAUCGCUGCUCCCGCUGUUGCCACCUACUCUGCCCCCAGUGUACGCCAAGUCCAUUGCCCCGCAGUGUCUUACUCCUCCGUGUCCACUCACUCCUCUCCCGUAUCUUACGCUAGGACCUACGCUGCCCCCGCUGUCGCUACCUACGCCGCUGCUGCCCCAGUAGUCACCAAGACCAUCGCCGCGCCCGCUGUCUCUUACUCCUCCGUGUCCACUCACUCCGCCCCCGUGUCCUACGCUAGGACCUACGCUGCCCCCGCUAUCGCCACCUACGCCGCUGCUGCCCCCGUGGUCGCCAGGACCUACUCCGCUCCCGCCUACACCUCGUACUCUGCUGCCCCGUGGUCACUAAGACCUACUCCGCUCCCUCUUACGCUACAUACCGCCGCCGCUCCGGCCUACUCCUCAUACUCGGCCGCACCCGCUGUCUCUCACGUCUCAUACUCCGGUCUAGGAGCCAACUACGGCUGGUGAACACAUGAUUGUUGAUAUUUAUUACUAGAAAUAGUACUAGUCAAAUCAAGUGGAAUAAGAAAAAUGUUGGAAAAGAACAAAUAAAUAAAAAUUGAAAAAUA